AGUAUUGAUUGGUUGAAGUCUCCUCACGUCGUCGAGACCCCGCCCCUUUCCCCGGCAGAGGACAGGUUGAAGAUGGCGCUGUCCCUGAGGUGCUUUCUCCGCUGUGGAAAGAAUGCCGUGUCGGCUGUGCGGCAGCGGGGAUUUCACAGGAGUGUUCCGGCCGCUGCCCAGGUGACCGUCCGUGAUGCCCUGAAUCAGGCGAUGGAUGAGGAGAUGGAGAGGGAUGAGCGGGUGUUUCUGAUGGGGGAGGAGGUGGCUCAGUAUGAUGGUGCCUACAAGGUAAGCAGAGGGCUGUGGAAGAAGUAUGGAGACAAGCGCGUCAUUGAUACUCCAAUCUCAGAGAUGGGAUUUGCUGGCAUUGCUGUUGGUUCUGCUAUGGCCGGCCUGAGACCCAUCUGUGAGUUCAUGACCUUCAACUUCUCCAUGCAAGCCAUCGACCAGGUCAUCAACUCUGCAGCAAAGACCUACUACAUGUCAGCUGGUCUGCAGGCCGUGCCCAUCGUCUUCAGGGGCCCCAACGGCGCGUCGGCAGGCGUGGCAGCGCAACACUCACAAUGCUUUGCUGCAUGGUACGCUCAUUGCCCAGGUCUGAAAGUUGUGAGUCCCUGGAACGCAGAAGAUGCCAAAGGUCUCCUGAAAGCAGCCAUCAGAGAUGACAACCCAGUGGUGUUCCUGGAGAAUGAGCUGAUGUACGGCGUUCCCUUUGAGAUGUCAGAGGAGUCACAGUCCAAAGACUUCACCAUUCCCAUUGGCAAAGCCAAGAUCGAGAGACAAGGAAAUCACAUCACCAUGGUUUCUCAUUCCCGGUUCGUUGGUCACUGUCUGGACGCUGCCGCUGUCCUCGCAAAGGACGGAAUCGAGUGUGAGGUGAUUAACCUGCGGACCAUCCGUCCUAUGGAUGUGGAGAGUAUUGAGGCCAGCGUCAUGAAGACGAACCACCUGGUGACGGUGGAAGGUGGCUGGCCUCAGUUUGGGGUGGGAGCCGAGAUCUGUGCCAGGAUCAUGGAAGGUCCUGCCUUCAACUACCUUGAUGCUCCGGUCACCAGGGUGACUGGCGUGGACAUCCCCAUGCCGUACGCUAAGAUCCUGGAGGACCACAGUCUGCCGCAAAUCAAAGACAUCAUCUUCUCUGUCAAAAAGACCCUCAAUGUGUGAAACGCACACAGGACAAACCCACUGAGGCCUCUUUGGUCCCACAGACGGUGGAAACAUUGUCUGAUUAAAAUAUUUGAACCGUGUGUAUAUACAGACAAAACGGUUCAUUAAAAAAAAAAAAUACAAAACGUUCCAGAUUGUUACGUUUCCAGCAAGAUGUUGGUUAUAAAGCGCACAGUUGUCAAACCUGCACACCAAGUCCGGUCCACUCCUCAUCCACUUUAGUGACAACCUUGACCGAACUCUGUGUGUGUGUGGUACCGUUUCCGCCCCUUCAAAAUAAAACUUGCCUGUAAGUUUUUAAUGUUUUUCUGGAUGUUUGUUUGAAAACACUACUGCUGAGUGAGCACAACAAAACAGGAAGUUGGGUAAAAACAAUAAAUAUUAACUCUCAUCCUUCAGCUUGCAUCUAUUCAUCAUUUUAACCAGGCAUUUGACAGAGUAGGAGCAGUUUACCACACUUUAUUCAGGCUCCAGCCUGUCUUGCUCUGGUGUUUUCUUGCUGACUGUUCCACUUGUGCUCUCCUCUCAGCAGUUUUGCUUUAAUGACGUUCCCACAUAUGCAUUAUAGUCAGUCUUUCCUCACACUCAUUCGGAUCUGUCUCUAAAAGCAGCAGUGAAGAGCGAACCAGCCAAGAGCUGAAGUGUGGUCAGGAGUAUUUAUUUUAGCUGCAGCAGCUCUGUGGAUGAUGUUGCUGUAAUUUACUCUGUUACAAAAAUAAAACCUGUCCAGUCACAUAA